AUGGGAACCAUUCACGAAGUCCACAGUAUCAACAAACCACGCAGCAAACCAAUGUGGGUUACUCCAAUAGUUGAAGGAAAGGCAUUGCAAAUGGAGUUAGAUACUGGAGCCUCUGUAUCACUGAUCUCAUGGAACGAUUAUAAAAGGCUCUUCAAUAGAAUUAAGUUGAGUAAAAGUUCUAUAUCCAUGAAAGCAUUCACUGGUCAUAACUUUGAAAUCAAAGAGAAGAUAAAUGUCUGUGUUGAAUAUGAAGGAAAUACACACCAGCUUGAUUUGUAUGUACACUCCGACAGUGAACGCAAUCCUGUACUGGGAAGAAAAUGGUUAUACGAAAUGCAACUGAACUGGAAUGACAUUAAAACAGUGAAAAUUACUUCAGAAGUGAAACCAAGUAAACUAAGAUAA